AUGCAGGACGACUUUGAGUAUGAUGCCCUUACCAUUAGACCCCCUCAGCGGACUCGGACUCGCUGGUACACCCGCCUGUGGCCUGCAUGCCUGGGUCGUGGGUGCUUGGGUAGGAGAAGGCAGCGAUUUCCCCUGUACCUAAUUGGUUAUGACCCUGUGGGGCGGUUCCAAAGGGCAGCCAGUGUGGGUGAUGUGGCGUCGGUGGAGUGGUUCAUCAAUGCCAGUGAACAUCAUGUUGAUGAAUGUGACAGAAGGGGCAGGAGUGCACUGCACUAUGCCUCUGCCCAUAACCAUCCAAAUGUGGUAACACUGCUGUCAUCCAAUGACUGUACCAAUAUUAAUUUGAAAGAUGAUGAAGGCUGCACACCCUUAAUUAAGGCCACACAGCGGGACAAUAUAGAGUGCGUCUCUAUACUACUGAGGCACGGUGCUGAUCCCCACAUUGUAGAUGCCAAUGGGGAUGCUGCCCUCCACCACGCCAUUUGCAGAGGGAACAUAAACAUCGUCAGCAAACUUCUAGAGUACAAUGUAGAUAUUAAAGCCAAAACAGCGUAUGGUUUGACACCAUAUCAACUGGCUUUAUUUGAAAAUCAGCAUGCAAUGGUGGAAUUUUUAAUUGAGAAAGGUGUCAAUCCAGAUUCAGAACUUACACCAAAUAGUGGAGGAGCAGCUGCAGUGGAAUCAGAACAAUCAAAGAGAAAGUGUGUCACCUUCAACAAAGAAGAAAAUUUCAGCACUGACAUAAUGCCUUCUUGCAGUGCUGUAAGACCACCAAGACAGCUAAAAUCCGUAUUGAAGGAGUCUUUCCGGAUCAAUAGAGCUAGUCGAAGACUUAAGGACCAGAUCUCAAUCAGUGAAGGAACAAUGACAAGAGAGCCAGAGCAGAGGAAGAAAAAGUGUGUCACCUUCAACAAUGGUAAGAAUGACUCCAUCUGUCCUACCUUCCGUGAAGAAAAUAAGGAAGAGUAAAGAUUUUAG